AUGGCGUAUUUACUAAAUGGCCAGCGCAACACUAAUGAUUAUAUACAAGUCAAGCAUAAUCAAAUGAUUCACAGGGAUGUCAUUAAGAGGCGACCUGCACAUCCACCGACAUCUCAAGCGACUCGCAAGAUUCCAUUACUUAAAUCUAAACACAGAACGAUUUUUCCUUUGGCUAAAACACCCUUUAAGUCACAAAAUGCCAAUACCCUUUUAAAGUCGAAUUUCAAGUAUAUUUCACCUCACAAGUACGUUCGAACAGAUAUUAUCACGACAAAGAAGCAAGGCUCUGCACAAGUUGCAGUAUGUAAAGACUGGCUUAAAGAUGGAACUUGUAAAUUAAACGAUAAAUGUCACCGUCAGCAUAAAUUAUCACCACAUGUGGUGCCUCAUUGCUGUCAUUUUCAAUAUGGAUAUUGUUAUAAUCCGGAAUGUCGAUACAUUCAUGUUCAUGUAAAUGAUAAUGCUCCUCUGUGUCGAGCAUUCGUUCAGGAUAAGUAUUGCGAACAAGGAUUAAAUUGUAAAAACAAACAUAACUGGAGUCGAUUUAACACGGAGCGACUUAGUGAUGAUAAUUCAUUAACAGAAACUAAAGAUGCUGGAAAACGUUCAAGGGAGAAUGAUGAGACAGUUGCAGAGCGGGCGACAAAACAUCGCCUUAAUGAUAAAGGGGAGAAAGUUGAUGAAUUCGCAGCAGGAUUUGAUUAUAUACCGUUUAAUAAUUGA